AUGGGGAAAGAACAAAGCACCCUGGAAAAGAAAGGCUAUGUCAUACAGGAAGAAACUGAAAUGUUUGCUGUUGUCAUAAAGGGAGAUGACAAGUUUUUUGUGAAAAAGAUAAAGACACCCACAAACCAAGAUUUCAUCUCAGAAGCAGAAAUCCUGAAGACAGUCAGUCAUCCUCAUAUUUUGAGCUGGAAAAACUCCUUUAAAGGUGAAAAUGAGGACAUCUACUACGUAGUGACUGACUACUGUGAUGGAGGAAACCUUGCUGACAAGAUCAAAGAUGGACCAGAUGAGUUUCAGGAAGAAGAAACUGGAUUUAAAUAUAGCAAAGCUAAAACUGUUACCCACAGUGAUGCUGGUAGCCUGAGUUGA